AGCAGACACAAGUCGAACAGUUUUCAAUAGAGAAACACGCAAAAAAUCAUCAGAAAAAUGAAAUUCUUCGCCGCUGCCACCUUCGCCGCCGUAUUGGCCUGCGCCUUCGCUGAUGUCUCCCACUUGGGUUACGGUUACCAGCAACCCGCUGCUAGCGCACCAUCUAGCGAAUACCUUCCACCUGCUGCCAGCGCACCAGCUCCAGUCUACUCCGCACCAGCACCAUCCUACUCUGCACCAGCUCCAGUUUACCAACCAGCUGCCGCUGCUCCAGCUCCUGUUUACGCUCCAGCACCAGCACCUGCACCAGUCUACCAACCCGCUCCAUCUGCUCCAGUCUCGGAGUACCUUCCACCCGCAGCUAGCGCUCCAGCACCAGUGUACUCUGCACCAGCACCUGCUCCAGCUUACUCUGCCCCAGCUCCAGUUUACCAACCAGCUGCUGCCGCACCUGAGCCCGUCUAUGCUGCUCCAGCUCCAGCUCCAGUUUACUCAGCUCCAGCACCAGCUCCAGUUUACCAAGGCGCUGCUUCUGAGACUUAUGAACAACCCGCUCAAGAUGGUUACAGAUACCGCACUGUGCGUCGUCGUGUCUACAAACAACGUCGUUUCUAA